AUUGCAUUGCGCUAAUCAGGCAUUAUUCACCACUAUGAGAGUUUUGUCAACACUCAUUUUGAUUUGUGUCUACGUUGAAAACACAAUUGAAUGGAGUCUCAACCCACUUUCAUGGUUUUCUCGAGCUCGAGGAUGUCAGUUAAAACUGAACUCUGAUUUAAAUCGUGGACAUGAGCCUGUUUUCCUAGCGAAGACGCGUCAUGGAUUUGAAUUGGCCAUGCCGGAACUUGUUGAUGAAAUAGGUAUGUUUAAGCUGGCAAAGGGAGACACACUGUUUGUGGCAUGUCCAGGAAACAACAAUGAAAUUCGAGGAUUUGCCAACAAUAAUGGAGGAUCAGUCAUGUCUAGGUGUGUCAUGGACAAAACUCUGGAGCUGAAGGGAAAGCAAGUUGUAUCCUCAGAACUUGAGUGCAAGGACAAAGUAUUUUCCAAAUUGAAAGAGACAGAGAAGGAAUGUGGAAAUAAUAUUGGGGAGGAGGUGCAACUAGGAUUUGAGGUGGAAGGUUGGCAUCCAUUAGUGACAGUGUGUUAUUAUCGAAGCAGAGCUGAGACCUUGCACGCUUCUCACAUCCUCUUUGGUUCAUCUCUCCUCGGAGCAGAAAUUAAGGAGAAGAAAAAUUACUUCAUCAAGGGUCCAAGCAGUAUAUAUCCUGGCGUCAACCCAGCCAGUUCUUACAAACAGAAAAAUCAACGUAAAGUGUUAUCUCAACUGCUGGGUGACGAGCGAGCUAACUUCAUCUUGGCACGUUCUUACCUGUCUCGUGGUCACUUAGCUCCUGAUGGCGACUUCUUGCUAGGCACAUGGCAACACCUAGCCUAUUUCUACAUCAACACGGCCCCACAGUGGCAGAGUAUCAAUGGGGGCAACUGGCUCAAGCUAGAGACGUUAGUGAGAAACUUCGCUUCAAGUGUGAAACAAGAUUUUAUUGUUACAACAGGAACGUACGGCAUCUUGGAAUUAGACGACGUCUACGGAUACCCACAAAAGAUAUAUCUUGAACCACUCCAGGAGUCAAUACCUGUUCCACUGCUACUAUGGAAAAUAGUGGCAGAUCCAAAGAAAAGUUCUUGUAUAGUGUUUGUAACUCAUAACAAUCCGUUUUUGACUGAAAAGCCUUCCACAGUCUGCAACAAUAUCUGCCACGAUCACGGGUGGCCGACAGACUUAGACGAUGUAUCCAAAGGUUACACAUAUUGUUGUUCAUAUCCUGAGUUCAAGGGUGUGGUGGACUAUGCUCCUGACCUUGACUGUAGAUCUAUACUUUCUAACUACUAUGUUUGACAGUCAUAAGAUUAUUGUGAUAUUAAUGUAUAGUACUUUAAAAGAACUCUAGAUAUAAAAGUAUUAUAAAUAGUAAUGAUUUUUUUAUUAAAAUAAAGUUUUAUAGUAUUA